GUGUGUGGCGGUGGGGCAUUGUGUGCUGUUUUGGAUUUGAAGUGUAGGCAAUAUUUCUCUAGAAGACCUCCUUUUUGCUCACUUACCGCUGGUCGGCCAUCAGUUUAAGUUAGGCAGCGGCCACGUUUCGUCGCGUUUCCAUUAUUUGUUGCGGCUUGUCGGCGAAUACAUUCUAUUUCGGAAUUAGACUAAACUUUAAAACCAAAUGUAAAUUAUAUAAUGCGCUUCAGGGCCAAAAUAAACGCGUCAGUGUGGACGUGGCAGGUAUUCAAAGACGUUAUUCAAGUGUGACCGAGCGUUAAUGAGAUGCAUGAAAACUGCGUGUAAUGCGGCAAGCGGUUAAAAAACCAAUUCGCAAAUAGGAAGCUAAGAGCUGCCUGGGAGCCGGCUAACUCCCCCAAAAACGCGUCAUGCCCACAACAAGAGGAAAGAAAGAAAGAAAAACGUGCCGGCCAAGUCACUUCCUUUGGGCCAAAGUGUGUCACCGAAAUUUGAGGCGGCGGGCCAUAAAAUGUAGGUUAAAUAUUAGGCAGAGGAAAAUCAAUGCGAACAAAGGCCAUUCAUUCACACCUUUUGGUCCGCCACCACCUCCCAAAACCUUCAUGGGCUACGUCAUUUCGCUGAAAUAUCUGCGUACCCAGCCGCACAGCUCCAAUUAAACCAUCGCUGAUUUCUGGUGAUAGUAAAGUCUCAGGCCGCUGGCUUCCACAUCUGCCAGGUUGUUCGACUUCAAGUGCAGUCACUAAUGCGGCAAUUUGCAACAUGCAACCCCGGUGCAGCCAGCCAAGCCAAAGCAAAUCCCAUCCCAUCCCAAACCAUCCACCUCAGCCAUUUAAGGCCUCCUCAUCAAGUUAUGCUCUCGUUAGCGCCAAGACAAGCGUUUGGUUGUUUGGACUCCGAUUCCGAUUCGGAUUCGCAGCUAUAUAGCAGGUGCAUGGCAUACCAUAACGAUUCCGAUUUCAAAUCGCUUGCUUUGGGGCGGGUUUAUCAGCGCCUCACACGCAGCUAUUUAUAGUUGGGAGUGAAAUAUAUAUGGGAGUGAAAUGGCAUUAGAAAAUAAAGCCGUGCAAUAAUAAUUACUCUACUAUUUUUGCCACAACCAGUGAUGGAAACGCAGGCGAUUGGGCAGUUUUACCUAAUUACUUUUUUGUAUAAAACUUUCGGAUGAAUUUUAAUUGCUUUAUUCAUUCUAAGUAACUUUCCAAGAAAAUGGGAUCUUAAAAAAAAUUCACUUUAUAUAAAGAUUACAUUCUAUUCUUGUAAACUGCAUAGGUAAAUAGUUCCAGUACCUUUUCCAUCACUGCGAAUUGGCAAUGAAACCGGUAGUCAGUCCUUCAGUCUCGCUCUCCGGUUUUCGGUCUUCGGUCUCCGGCUUUGGUACUGCUUUCUCUGUGCUCCGUACUCCGUACUCCUCGUUCCGUUCCUCGUUCUACGGCGGUGAAGGCGUCGCGUGUACGUCUCUCUGACAUUGCAAGGGCCGGAAGGUCUCGCUGGUCGUCUGUCUGUGGAAUCGAAAGAUGUGUGCACAUGGGUGUUGUGAGUGAUUUUUAAAUACAUUCUGUUGCUUCGAAUAAACAGCUCCUGGCGUCAUUGGUUUUGUGGCACUUAAACUGAGCCGAAGGACGAACGCGAAGUGUCCUGCGUGGAAAUCGCAUUCCACCUGCUGCAACAACGACUGAAUUUCGGAAAAAAAGCGCAAUAACAAUGGAUAGGAGGAAAUCAUAGUGAAUGUAUGAGGGCCGGAGAUCGGUUAGCACCCAUGUCAAGCCAUGCAGCAGACCCUCUCGUACUCAUCAUCAUCGCCAUCCCCAUCCCCGAUGCCCAUGCCAUCCGCAUCAGCCGCACAGCCGCCACCGCCACCGCCACCGCUACCGAUCCCGAAUCCGAAUGCGACAGCAAAUCUGAACCUAGGUCCAAGUACGAACCCAAUACCACGACCCAGAUCCACAGGUGGCGAGUCCCGGUACACGGUACCGGCCAUCAUCCCGGUUGAUUAUAGCUAUCGCACCCACACCACCCGCUCCAUUCUCUCCGCCCAAUCGAUGGCACCCUCCACAUUCGCCUCCAAUCAGAGCUUUGUGCGCCAGCCCUCGGAGUCGGAUGCUCAGCCGUAUAGUAGCCUCUUUGGGGAUCCAGUCCCACCGCCCCUUCAGCCGGAUGAUUACUUCGGAACAGCAGCCUUCGAGACGUUACGCAAUGGGUCUGUGGAACUGCCCAGCUCCGAGGAAGAUGCUCUGGUGGCCGCCAUGGCGCUGAACGCACUACUUCCAGCGGCCAGGGAGCGCAUCUUCCCGAGUGUGCCGUACACAAGGACGCCCCGAGGAUCCCUGCUUCCGUACCUCCAGCCACCCGAUAUCCAGAUCCUACCCAACUCGAGCGGUGGCUCCAGUUCAGAGCAACUGGGCUCGCCUAACUAUCGACUCCUGGCUCCCGAUGACAUUCUGAACAAACCGGACGUGUAUGAUUUGGAGAACGAGGUCGAGGAGUACACCGUAGUCGGUCAGAGGAUGUCUUUCGAUGAUGAGGAAGAUGAGCCGGCAAGGACUACUAGCCAAGCGGCCGCCAAGUUGAGUGUGUCCAGCAUCACGACGGACGAUCACAGGGGAUUACUCAGUGACUCCUAUUCGGGUAGGGACUGGUUUCGUCCGGCGCCACAGCACUUUCCAGAGUUCACACGUAUCCCUCGAUUGCGGCCCAGCUCCAAGAUGAUUAUGUCCAUGAAGCAGGAUGAAGGACCUCUCUCCCCGCUGGCCACCAUGAUCCAGGACAUGAACAGCUCGAGCAGCGGCGGUGAGGAGCGGGUGGCACCCAACGAAAGUAGGCCAGUUAGCAGGGACGUUGUACUCUCACCGAAGCAAUACCUGGAGGAACAGUUGGGUCUAGAGAGAGGCAGCCAGAUGCAGUCGCUGGUGGACUAUAGAAUGCCACCUCCACCGGCAGACCCGCCCCCUUUCCACCGGACUGAACUGACGGAGCAGGAUGACAACCGGAGUGUGAAGCCGGAGCAUAGCUUAAAGCGGGAAAUGUCACCAGUCAUCAUCAGGGAUUCCAUACCUAUGGGCGGAGAUUAUAGAGUGGAACAACCUCGUCCACACAAGAAGACUGCUUUCACCAUACUUUCCACGGGGCAGGCGGCUCCUUCUGCUCCUCGGUCUCCACAACAAGCUCCCACCAGAGGGAGGCACGCCUCCAUCCAGUCGACAUCGACGACUACCUCAUCGCCGGCCGGUAGGCCACAGAUCAGUCCUCGCCGGAGAUCGAUCUUUGGCUCAGAGCCACGACUGCCUGAGCUGCCUUCAUCGCUGGGUUACGCCAGUCACCUCGUCCACCAGACCACGGAUGACUCGCCACGGCCCUCGGUGCAGUUCAAUAUGAGUGGACGCCAUAGUCGCAGCAAACUGGCCAUUCCGCAGAAGGGCAUCCUCCAGCAGCGGGACUCGCUGACCUCCUCCAUCGACACCUUCACGCCACGAGCCCAAAGAAGAAGGGGAUCCAUUGGCAGGGAUACUAUCCGCAGCUUGCCCUACGGCCAAAAGAUCAAGAGCAUGGAAUCGCUGCCUAUGAUAACCGAUCCGCAUCGCAGCGCCAUUCCCCGCCUGCACUACGGAUCCACCAUGGAUCUGAGCAGGCCGGAGACGGCUGUCUUUCCGCCCGGGGCACUGCCGCGACCACUGAAGCCAAAUCUGAAUCCCACGCGAAGGCAACGCGGUCUGCUCAAGAUCAUUAACAAGGAGGAGUCACUCGCCCGCAGCCCGCCGCGUUCCAACUGGUGCAGUUUGGAUGACCUGAGCCGGCCCUCCUUUGAUGGUACUCCCAACCAGGCAAGACGUCGCUCCAGCUCCACCUCACCGGAGCGUCGCAGCUCCACGCAAACGGUCUCGGAUCGCAGGAGUUCCAACCUGAGCAGCGUUACAGCCACCACCUCAGAUUUCAGUUUCCGCCGACCCACGCUCUCCACACUGCCAGCAGCUCACACACUGUCCCGGAUCCGGCGGAAAUCUGUGCAGGCUCCAAGUCCGAACCGUAUACCCAACAGGAUUCCAAGCUUCGGACAGCGUAGGCAGUCCAUCUAUCAGAGGGAUCAGGAACCCAAGCCGCUGAGCCGGCACGGCAAGAUCGCCAAGCCGAGCACACUGUCGCCCAUCAUUGGAACUCCCAAUAAGGACAGCAGUUCGGCACAGAGUCCCACCCACAGAUCCUCGCUGAUGGGCGAUGCCGCGGAUACACCAUCAGAGGUUUCCACGCGGCGGGACUCGGUGUCCCGCAUACCCGUUCGCAAAAGUCCAGACUCACGCUCCAGUUCGCCACCCAAGGACUUCGGAAUCACUGCCUCUGGACGGAGCUCCCGGGCAAGCAUAACGCGGUCUCCUAGCAGAACCAUGAAUGCUGGCAGUCGAUCUCCUUCCAGAUCCAUGCAUCCCAGCAGAACGUCCUCGAGGGAGAGUGGAAGACCUGGGGACUCGAGGUCCGCAUCCAGGGGCCCACCUUCCAGGCCUGGUUCCCGAUUGGAUCAUAUCAGUUCCCGUAUGGAUCGGUCCAACUCUCGCCUCGAGAGAUCCAGCUCACGCGCCGAAAGAUCUGGUUCUCGUGCGGAGAGGUCCAGUUCCCAUGCAGAGAGGUCCAGUUCCCGUUUGGAUGUGUCCAACUCUCGGGGAAACUCACGUGCGAACUCGCGGCUGAGCAUCAACUCCUCGUCGCUGCGGUCGUCCAGCAUUUCACCCGCUACCAUGGCCAGGAACAGGAGUAUGCGGGCCACAACACCCAGUCGCCGGAAGUCCAUCUCCCUGAGUCCAGCCAGUGCUAUGAUGGGUCGCCGGAAAUCAAUCAGUCCCGAUGCCUUUGGCCAAAGCAGAAGAGUGUCUAGUCGGGGUAAGCCCGAGCCAACAGAGAUUCUAUCGCGACGGAACUCCCGCUCCCGAAUUCCCACCAGAUCGACUAAAGUUGCGUCCAAAUCCCCGCCGUCCUCGUCCAAGAAGAGAUCGAAAUCGCCGGAGAAGACCAAAGCCAUGGGCAUUACGCCCAAGAGCAGCAAAGUUGGAAAAGGGGCAACCACUAAGGGCAGCCCCAAAGCGAAGCCCAAGAUCCCUGCAAGUGCCAAACCAAAGACCAAGACGGAAUCCUCGAUAAAACCACCAGCGAAAAAUGCAAGCAAAACUCCUGUAGGUGGCAGACCAACCACAAAUGCAAAAAAAACAGUCACCAAGGGGAUUUCCACCAAGGAUGCAAAGGUGGAGAAGGGAAAGGAGACUGGGAAGACUGUGACUGCCAAAAACAAUGGCAAAGAAACCGAGUCUUCAGUGAAGUCCAGCAAAUCCCAAGUCACAAAAACUAAACCACCUGGCGGAACAACAACGGAGCCCAAGAAACCAGUCACCACAAAAACCCAUGGAAUCACGAUAGAGAAAGGAGCAAAUGGAUCCGAUCCCGCAGGAGGAAUUCCUCCUUUGGCUGCCCAGGUGGGCAAUGCAGUUCUGCAGGCGGUGGAAGCGGUUCCUGCGGUGACCAGUGAGGUUACCGUACCCUCAACGCCAGGAGGCAAAGGAGCUGGUGGCGCCAACAUGUCGAAACUGGUGCGAAUGAGCUCCAGGAUGAGUCUGCUAAGCAACAAGAGCACCAAGUUGCGAUCGGAUUCUCCUCAAAACCGAAAGGUGGCCACCGUACAGGAACAUGCAACAGAAAAAGAUGGAGCAGUAGGAGCCAGCUCGCAGCCCAUGUCCAAUGAUGCCGCUGCUAUUCUGGAAAAGUCGCAGAAAACUCUGGAGAAUAUACAGAAAACCGUCACCGAGGCCACCGACGAAAUUCAUAAGACCAUCACCGAAAAUCUCACCGAUCUGAAAAGUCUGGAGAAUGACCUGGCCGCCGAUCCCUCGCCAACGCCCAGUUCGGGUAUCACGAUGGCCAGACCUGGUGAAUCCGCCUCCCGAACGGGCACAGCCGACGGCAGCAUUGCACCUCAGAGUUCAGGGGAGCUGCCCAAGUCACCAUUUCCACCCACCCAACCCAUCGAAGCCGCCGUCUCGGUUGUGCAUCCCAAUGAAAGCGCCGCCGACCGAAUAGCCAGCGUGCCCGAAGUGGAGUGCGAGAGCUCUGAUCUUCCAGCGGCGCUGGAUGCUUCCGAAUCCGAGCUGGGUGGUAAUGUAAUGCCCACGCCCGAGAGUGGAGCGGACUUCAAAGUGGACGCCAAGCGGCGAUCGCCGGACGGACAGGGAGGAUCCACAGCGGGCAGCGGAGGUUUGGCAAAGAGCAGCAGUCAGGAGUUCCUUGAGGACAAGGAUAAUGCCAAAAAGGGUGGCCUCUGCGGAUGCUGCUCCAAGCUGUUCAUGCCCUGCCGUCGCUCCCGCUGCUCCCGUUGCUGCCGGCGCCGUGAGCGUAACGAAUCCGCCGAGGAUCAGCCCGUCCUGUGGAGCGGCAACAGCAGUGCCACCACGGCCACCAAUGUCCAUGUGAUUGACGAGACCAAGCCGAAGCGCAAGAAGGUAUCGGAUUGGCUUAAGUCCAGCUGCUGCCGUAGCUGUCGCAAGAAACCCGUCACCCAGGAGGAGCACGAAGCUGUUGAGGAGACAGUGUCCAAGCGGACGAAGCAGGAGGCCAACAUGAGCACGGGACCAAGGACACGAGGCAAAUGCGGCCUCUGUCUGAGCAAGGUGUUCUGCUGUCGCUCGGUGAACAGGGUGGAUCCCACCACGGGCGACGAGACGGAGAUGAAACAGUGCUGCUUUUGCAUACCAUGUCGACGAGGCAGUCGACCCAACAAAAAGGGCAGCACCGUGUCCUGGCGGGAUCAGGACCCCGAGCUGGGCAUCAAGCCCACCGAGUCCUCGGUGCUGGAGGGCGCUUCGGAGGCAGCCAUGUCAGCGGCCACAGAUGCAGGGAAUGGCCAAGUUAAGGAGGGAUGCUGCAAGCGCUUCUGGCUGAUGUUGCUGUGCUGCCGCAAAAGGAAGCGCCGCGAGUCCAACGCUCGGAGGCAGAGCAUCCGGGCGCCGCCACCCAGUGAGGACACGCGAAAGAAGCUGCACGUGGACCUGGUGGAGUACUCAUCGAAGAUGAAGGGAGCUAUACCCGUACUUCCGCUGUACCUGGCCUGGUUCUGUGCCUUUUGCAAUGUGGUUUUCCCAGGUCUAGGAACCCUGCUCUCCGGACUCUUUUGCCUGUGCGUGGGCAUUCCGCGCUUUUCGCAGUUCGACAGUGCUCGCGCGAGGAUUGGAUCCUUCAUCAUCAACAUUAUCGUGGCCGUGUCGCAGUUCUUCUGCGUGCUCUUCUGCUUCGUGGGAUGGGGCUGGUCCAUUUGGUGGGGCACCAUAAUGCUAAGAUGUGCAAAGAAACUGAGCAAGAUCAAAAAAGUGGAGCGUUUGGAGCUGGAGGAGGAGCAACGUCAGGCUCAGCUGGCGGAGGCUGGGAAAAACGGCGUCGCCGAGGCGGACAAGACAUAGUCCUUCCAUCCCGGAUACAACUAAGUUGCUUUUUAUACCAUUGUGUACAUACUUUUGUACAAAACAUGUAGAUUACGCAAAACACAUGCACUUCCACGUGAACUUCCAGGUUAAGCAAAAUGGAACAGAACUUCCCUUGGACAUGAGAUACAUAAUUGUAUAUGUAUUAAAAUCAUUAAACUUCCA